AUGGAUCGGUCGGUGGCCUCGCGUAAACGAAACAUUUCCAGCGUGGCCGACGGUGCUGGGGGCGAGCACACAGGCAAAGAAUCCGGUGGAAAGCGUCAGAACAUCGACGGACCCAAUCUCAGCGGCACAGAGCACCGAUCGAACAGUGUCCUUGCGGACAACGGAGGGAUCGCGUCGCAGACAUCCAAACAGGCUGCAGAGCCCACUUUUCUGGCCUAUCCGGACCUCGCGAACUCCAAACCCAGCCAGGUCCCCUUCCAGCAGCCCUCCCAGCUCAUCACGUUCUCGUACACCCCCGAACACGUGCAGGAGUUCACCGACUCCGCCUUGCGGUACUUCGCCGACCCGCCGCUUGGAGCGAGCCUCGCAUAUGGAUAUGAACUGUGGAACAGGAAACCAGACACACGAAGGAGGAUCGACGCGCUCUUGCAGGCGGUGUCGAGGGUGAGGAAGGACCCGGCUCGGCCGCUGCCCGAGAUUGGGGUGGUUUCGUGGAGGGGUGUCAUGACCAAGAUCUUGACUGCGCCGUAUGAAAACCGUGAGGGCUGGGAUCUCAAUGUGAUGUACCACAAUGGGACGCUAUACCUCGAGGAGCACGCCUCAGAGGAACGUCUGAACGAGAAAAACAACAUGAAUGCUAGACAGCGGUCUCAGACGUACUAUGGCUACGCCUUUGAGUCUUACUGCACGUCGGAAGCUCCGGCGGGCAAAGGACCUAGGAAAGGCGCGUACCCUGGCGCGCCAUCGGGCUGGGGAGGCGAUGUGAACACCAAUGUCCAGUGGUGCAGCGUUGUUCGGACAAAGCUCGGAGAUACGCGUAUGAUCAUCGGCGGAGAGGUGGACUGUGUUCGAGGAAAAUACACGGGGCAGACGGACACCUUCGUGGAAUUGAAGACGUCGCUCACGAUACGUGGUCAGCAAGAUGAGGCGAGAUUCGAAAGGAAACUGCUCAAGUUCUAUUUCCAGUCGUUCUUACUUGGGGUACCGGAGAUUGUGGUCGGAUUUCGGACACCUGCCGGGGUUGUGACGACGGUGCAGUCGUUCAAGACGAUUCAGCUGCCCCGGCUCGUUCGUGGCAAACCGGACGCAUGGGACCCUCUUGUGUGCCUCGACUGGGGACAGCGAGUUUUGACGUUUCUCAAGGACGUUGCCCGAACACGGCCGCAAGACGAAAAUAGGCAUUCUAUCCCAGUAUGGAGAGUGAGGUUCGUGCCUGGGUCAGGGCUCAACGUAGAAGAGCUCAAUCGCGCCGGCGUCGAGGACGUGGAGAACGGCGAAGACCGCGUCGGGUUCCUCCCCCGAUGGUACUGGGAAGAAAUUGACGCCAACACACCUCCAACACACGCAGAGCAGGCGGAAGCGACAACAGCGCGGGUGCUCAACUUGGCGAGUGCGGGAUGGCAGAUAUGA